AGGAAGCCAGGCAGAACAAAUAUAUUAUUAUUAUUAUUAUUAUUAUUAUUAUGUCGUUACUCAGUUCUGCUGUCCGUCCGUCCCCAUCCCAUCCCAUCCCAUCCCAUCCAUCCAUCGACUGACUGGGAACGACUUCAUCACUCUGUUCCCGAGGCCGCCACAGCUGAUAUCCGGAUUAGUCACGCUCCCAGCCACGUGAGCCCGCCUGGAACCUUGUUAUGGCGGUGCAGGUGUGGCUGGAGCGGUCAACUGCGAUUGUUUCCAAGGUUUCUUCCGCUUCGGGCCAGCUUACAGCGUAUGAUCCGUUUCUACGUCAACGUUCACGAGGAUAUGAUAUAGAUCAUUAUCUGCUCUUCCUCUGGCAAAUACCUGCCAGAUCACUUCUAAACAUACUACUCACUACCUCAGGAGACUUCUAUUGACUCGUCACCAACAGCUAUAGCAGGAGAACAGCUAAGCUGAUUGGUGCAUGUCCGGUCCAUAGACGGUGAAGCCUCGAGGGCGAGGCCUUGAGAAAGGCUCCAUUUCCACCACGCGAAGCAACCCCCCUCCCUCCUCUAUUUACGUUAGGGAGUAGGAAGCAGGAAAGGAAAGGAAUACCACAUGACUAUAACUACAAGCAUGUCUGCCAAGAGAUCUAGGGCUACUUUCGAAGACGAGCAUCUCCAUGCUCCGUACGCCAUCUAUGGCACGCCCUUACCACCACUUGACCCCGAAGUCCGGGACGAUGGCUCCUAUGUUCCGGUUUGGAAGCAGGAGGUGAGGGAUGAACGGGGAAGGAAACGUCUUCAUGGUGCCUUUACUGGUGGAUUCAGUGCUGGGUAUUUCAAUACUGUCGGUUCGAAAGAGGGCUGGACUCCAUCGACCUUUGUAUCGUCCCGUCGAAAUCGCGCAAAAGAUGACAAACAGCCAACUCACCAACAACGACCGGAGGACUUUAUGGAUGAGGAAGAUCUGCGCGAAGCUGAAGAGGCGAGGAAACUCCAAACUGCUGGGGAAUAUGCCGGUUUUGGCUCGACGGCCUCUGAUGCCACGCGGCUAGGUGGUUUAAUGGAUAUUUUCAAAAUUACUGGGGAUACAAUUGGCGUCAAGCUACUGAAACGAAUGGGUUGGAAGGAGGGACAAGGAAUUGGCCCAAAAGUGCGACGGAAAGCAGACCUUGGCGAUGGGGCUGAUGCGGAAGGCAAAGUCCAUCUUUUUGCGCCGACGAACCCUCCUAUGAUAUCAUUCGUGAAGAAAAAUGAUCAUAAAGGACUUGGAUUUGAAGGGGAAGCUAGACUGGACGCAACAGUGAGGCUAGAUACUGGAGCCAAGCCACGUGCAUUGGCUCAGGCGGAAGAUUCUGAUCAAUUCGGCGGCCCUAAACCCCCGACGAAUGGGAACGACUCUCGUAAACAAAAGCCGUCGAGAAGGGGAGGUUUUGGCGUAGGUGUUCUAAACGAUACUGGUUCCGAUGACGAAGACCCUUAUGAAAUGGGGCCGCAAAUUUCCUACAAUCGAUUUAUUGACCAUGACAAGAAAGCGAAGAAAACAUCCAGCAACAGCUCUGCAGUGACGAAACCGUCAAUAGGGCUCUCAAAUCCAUUAUUAGGCACCAAGCCCGUUUUUAUCUCGAAGAAAAAAGUGGCAGCCGAGAAGACAAAGGCAGGAUUCAGGAAAUGCCAUGAUGGACGUCUACCACUUGACGGAUUUCUCCAUGGCGUAGAAAUUGCUGGAUUGACCAUUUCAACACAGGAGAAGAAGUAUGCGGCGCCAGAAAUCCCCAAAGAUUGGAAAUCCGCGAAAGUCCCUUCCCGCACAGGGCCAAUCCAAAAUUACAUGUCAAGCGCUGAAGCCGCGAAGGCAUCAUCCCUGGACCCUACAUCAAGAGCUGCUUUGCUGGGCGAAGCACAAUUACCGGGUAAAUCGGUGUUCGACUACAUGACUCCAGCAGGGCGUGACAAGAUUGUCAAAGCUACAGGGCGCACUGAUUUACCUCCAGCCCUAGGGGAGAAGGGACCGGAAGGGUUCCUUACCACAGAGGCGCAGAAACAGCAAGAUUUAUGGAACCUUGUGCCAAAGUUAGAUAAAGAUGUCGCCGUACAAGCCCUUAAUCGCGGAAUUAGUGGCUGGAUGCCUUACGCGGAAGAUGAAGCCAAACGAUCACGAUACCGUUCGUUCCUUGAGGUCCGCGCGGGCCUGCGGGACAAGCUUCCCGAUCGCGCCCCCGGCGCAACAACCGAUGACUGGCUAACCGAGCUGCAAGAAUUCGCGCGUGCCGCUCAAGUCUUCAGGCCGGUAUCUGGCCUGAUGGCAUCGCGCUUCACUUCCUCCUUCGAUUCCUCGUCUAUCUCCCAACAGCAGCAACAAUCCCAACAAUCCCAACAAUCCCAUUCGACGCCAGCAGGAGCAGUUAAUGCUCAACACGAACCCCUCAUCCGCAGACCAGACCCAAAGCCUCAAGAUCCCGCCGAAGCAGCCGCUGAAAUCGGCAUGUACGGGCCCCUGACGCGAUCAUCCAUCCCAUUUUCCCCCUCUAGACUUCUCUGUAAACGCUUCAACGUCCGGCCCCCUUCCAGCAUCGCUGUUGAUGCGGGUGAUAUGCCUGGCGGCCCUGGUCGGACGCCCACCAUGCCCUCCGGAUCUAAAUUGGAUAUCUUGUCCAAGGAGGCGGUGAAUCGGAUUCUGAUGGGGGCAGGGGCGGUUGUUGCGACGGCAGGUGCAUGUGCGAGUGCAGGUUGGGCUGAGGGCGAACAACAACAGGAGCAGCAACAGCAGCAGGAGCAGCAAGGGCAGGAUCAGCGACCGUUGGAGAGGAAGGAGAUUGUUGUUGAUCCUGGGCGAAACGAGGCGCUGGAGGCAGAGAGACCUGGCGAUGCAGUUUUCAAGGCCAUAUUUGGGAGUGAUGAUGAGGGCGAUGGGGAUGGAGAUGAGGAUAUGGAUUGAUUGAAACGAAAUAUAUACGCAUAUCCAUUCAUCCGUAUGUAGCCCUCAUCCCGUCCGGAUGCCUUUUCAAUUCCUUUUUUUCUGAGUGAAAAGCGAGGAAGGAGGAAAGGAAGGAUAACAAAUAAAAAAUGAGUUUGUUUGACUCCCCCCCUUUUUUUUGGGGUUUCUGAAUUUCUAAAUUUUGGUUAGGUUAUUAUAUCCCUCCCUCCCUCUCUCCCCUCUCAGCGCUUCAGCAACUCCCUGUUUGGUCACUUGUAGAAUUAUUCCCACACCCCCCUCCUCAUUUGAUGUUUCGGAUGGGGCAAGUUACAUACUCCCCGUUGCCUUUUACAUGGUUUAUCAUCGGUCGUGGGUGGUGGACUUGUGAAGUGAAUAGCUAUUUUUCUACUUCAUAUCACUAUCCGUCUAUCUGGAUGUGAUGGAUAACAAUGGUGGACAAUCAACUAUCUAACCACUAUUCGCUGAGAAUCUGCUACAGUUUCCCCUCUUCCAAAGAGCUCGCCGCAGGAGGGUCCUACGGGAGGUUAGUUCAGUUUGCUGGUGAGCUGGUAGCGAUGUGGGGAAGAACACUCUUCGAUCCGAGGAAAGGAAAAGUAAGAUGAGGUUAAGUAGUCUCCUAAUAACUAUGCCUGCGUGGGAAGGUAGGUAGGUAUAUUGUAAAAUGUAAAAUAUGUAAUUUCAGUUCAAGAUCGACCCCUCCUCGCACAGUACAUCACUUUCGCAGAAAUCCAGCUAUCCUUCCAGUUUCUCCGUACUACUGAGUAGCUAUGUAGCUAAGUUACGUUCUUCCACGCCUGGUUUAAGCCUACGUAAUCUGACCCCAGGAUGCAGGCUCGGGAAACAGGAGGAUAUGUUUCUUCGUCAUCGAUUUCCUGGCCUUUCUUUUAGAUAUGUGGAGACCGAGCUCGCAAUAAUUCUGAUAUUUGUGUAACUUGAUUAAUUUGAAUACUUUUUUUUUUUUUUUUUUCUAAGUUGAGACGUCCUGCGUUCCUCUUCCAAUUUAGCUGCGUUGCCUUAUUAUGAAUCAAGGAAAGCAACUCGGUAUAAAAACAAAGUUAUUUGGGUUGAUUAUCUCAUGAGUCUAGAUCUUCUUCUCAGCUAUUGUCACUUUUUAGGAGCAAUCG